CUGAAAGUGUCUAAAACCCUUGAGUAUAGCUGUUGGGUUUUAUUCCAUUUUAAUUACACCUACAACAACAACAUCAUAAUAUCAUAAAUGCCAAUAUAAUGUCAAAUUAAUUUUAGACAAAUUAUAAAUAGGACAGAGCAAAAUAUUUUUACAGACAGGUUGGGAUUACUAUAUUGUCAUCCUGGAGCUUCUUCACCCUUCAAUAAACAUCCAUGAGUCUGGAUUUUCUGACCACAGGCAUUAUUUCUAAUAAUUUUUUUACAUUCUACCCAUUCUUCUUUCCAUUUUUGUCUUGUCUUGGUUGAUUCAUGGUUUAUAACUGAGUUUUGCAUUCACUGUUUUUUUCUUUUUCUUCUUCUUCAUGUUUUGCAGCCAGGUCUGCUUGUUGCUCAUUUCCAAUAAAUCUCCUGACUAUAGUGAAAACUAGUGCACUUUCAGAAUCAGAAAACUAACCAGCCUGUCCUUUAUUUAUUUCUUUGAAGAAACCUGUGAAGAGAUGAUGAUGCAGAACAAGAUUCAGCUUGUUGUUUUUCUCGCAGGAAUUCUGUCGAAGGCUUCGUGUGACCUGCAGCGUUUUGUCCUGAUCCAAGACCCAAAGACCUGGACAGAAGCUCAAUCGUACUGUAGAAGGAUAUGCGUGGAUCUGGCGACGGUUCAGAGCGAUGAAGACAUAACCAAACUAAAGGAGGCAGCGAACGCUGAGAACUUCCCAUCUGACGCCUGGAUCGGUUUCUCCAGAGAUGUUUGGCGUUGGUCGUAUCAAAACAUGCCGGUCAGCAAUGCAAAGUGGGAUUCUUUUCAGCCAGAUUUGCCCGACACAGAUGUGGCCUGUGGGAAUAUAAACAGCAAAGGACGAUGGGGUGACAGAACUUGUACUGACGCAGACAACUUCUUUUGCCAACUUGACAACCAGAACACACUUCAAGACAAGUUUGAGUACAUCGACAGCGUGAGGUUAAGCUGGCAUGAUGCUCAAACGUACUGCAGAACACACUACACAGACCUGGCCGCCGUUACAGACGACGCAGAGAACACGUUCCUCGCGAGCGAGCUUUCUUCACGGAACCUCAACGACGCCUGGUUCGGCCUGUACAGGAUCCCAUGGCUGUGGUCAGAUAACAGCGGUGUCUUGUGGUCCUCCGUGAAGUGGAAGUCUACGCAGCCUGAUAACUUGAACGAAAUCCAGUGUGCGAGAGCCAACCCUGGAGCACUGAUGGUUAAAGACAACUGCUCCACUCCACUGCCUUUCUACUGCCGUGAAAACAGAAGAAUGCAGCGUGUGAGAUUCACGAUCAAAUCAGACACAUCUCUGAACCAAUCCACGGUGAUGCAGGCCUUAGAGAAGAAGAUGAACCAGAUCCUCUCGGAUCAGGACGUGAAUAUCAGAUCCAGCAUAACAUGGAUCAUCCAACCCGACGGGAAGAUCUUCCAGCGGCUGAAAACAGAAAACACACCACAGACGGCAUGUAAGGUGUUAUAGCAAAGGAAACGCUAAACUCUGAUACGUGCCAUAACUUGUGCAUCUUUAAGGUACAGGCAUAAUAAUAAUAAUAAGUUACCUUCAUUUAAUGAAUACGGUCAGUGCAUAGCAACUUAUAACAAUAAUCAUGGUAAUAUAUAUAUAUAUAUAAAUAUAUUAGGCAUUAUUAUUGCAUUUGUUUACAAAAUGUUUUUUCACUUUUAAGAUAUCAGGUAAAAAUAUAGCUUGUAUCUAUUAAGUACACAUUUUGUUCUUUAAUCUGUUUGAUGCGAGACAUGGGAAAUAGUU